AUGACUACACGGACGCUCUCAAGGGAAGAAGAAGCGAAGCUAGCUAGGAGCAACAAAAAAGUGAAGGAUAUCAACCAUGCUGAGUUUAAUGUAGAAACUAAUGAUGGCUCUCCUUCACGAAGUAGCUACAAUCAGGGGAACCAAUACGGUGUAUCUUUUAGGGACAAGCUUAUCGGUGAAAUUCCUGGGGCUUUUGCUCAAGCUUUCGACUUCACCGACCAAAUGGACACAGAGAGCGAUUCGAAUAUUGAUAAGGAGGAAACUACCAAGGAACUCCGACAGGGUAUGGUGGCUAUCAAUCUCUCCAAGGACACAAAGAGGCACAUAAGAAAGCCCUGGUCUAAGGCUAUCAUCGUGAAGUUAGUAGACCGGUCAAUGAGCUUCUCCUAUAUGCAGAACAAACUCAACCAACUUUGGAAACCAGAGGGGAAGAUGGACUGUGUUGAUCUCAGCUACGGGUUCUUUUUAAUCCGGAUCUACUCUAAAGAAGAUUUAAGCGAUGUGUUAAAGCGAGGACCUUGGUUCGUGGGCGACCACUUUCUAUCCUUGCGGCCAUGGGAGCCGUUCUUCAAACCGGAUUCAGCAGCGGUGUCUUUGGUGGCUAUGUGGAUUUGGCUUUACCAACUUCCUAUUGAACUUUAUGAGGCAGAAGUCUUGAGAGAGAUUGGAGAAUCCAUUGGCAAGGUCCUUAGAGUUGAUACUCAUACCGCUUUGGAAGCCAGGGGUAAAUAUGCGAGACUUUGCAUUCAAAUAGACAUCAAUAAGCCAUUGAUUAAUACUAUCCUCAUUGGCCGGUUCGAGCAAUCAGUUCAUUACGAAGGUAUUCAAAGGCUGUGUUUUUCUUGUGGACGGGUGGGUCACCUGAAAGAGGUGUGUCCAUACACCAUUCACAAAGGCAUGGGCUCGGCAAACGCGGUGGACUCAGUGGAGACCAGUACGGUAAGGGAAGAUGGGUCAUGCAAUGGGCAUGAGGCUAGCCGUACUAAUCCAUGCAACAAGGUGGCUGGUAUUGCCACGUCGGGUACAAGCGGAGUGGAGGAGGACUCAGACAUGUACGGGCCUUGGAUGGUAAUGACCAAGAGAAGGAAUGGUCACAAGGGGACAAAGCACACUCCCACUACCACGAAAGGGACCACCAAACCGGUAUGGCAACACAAGGACACACGAACUGAAGCAACUAGAGGUGGGUCUUCCCUAUCCCAGCGUGAUGUUGAUUUUCAAGCCCGUUUUAGCGCAUCAAAUAACAUGGGUAAGAGGGCCCAUGGUGCGCAGUCCUUUAGGCCCAGUCCAGAACAUUUUUCGUUGCCUAAAGACCAAUUUGGCUCCAACGUCCCUGGUGGGUCUGCCCCAGCGCCGAAUCUGGUUUAG